UCGAGCUUGACCAAAAUAAAAAUGACUGCUAGUGUGACAAUAGUAGCAAACAGCAUAGUGUCGGCAAGCACCCCCAGCACCGCAGGUACUGGAGACAAAAUCCGUAUCGAGAGCGAAAAAUCAAAUGAUUACAGUUCUUCAACCAACCGCCAAAUAAUCGAGCAAGCUAUGAACGCAACGCCGCCAUCUGCAGCCGAUUCAGAGCAGUCGCAAACCCGGUUUGGAAACCUUAAUAACAGGGAUGUGGUGAUCACGAGUCUGAUAGCGGGAGCCGUUGCUGGAGCGUUGGCCAAAACUACCAUAGCGCCACUAGAUCGUGCAAAAAUUAAUUUUCAAAUUAACAAAGAUGUACCAUAUACUUUCCGGGCUGCUUUAGGGUUUCUGAAGCACACGUACUCUCGGGAAGGCUUCCUUGCGUUAUGGCGGGGGAAUUCCGCUACCAUGGCUCGAAUAGUUCCAUAUUCAGCCAUACAGUUUACCGUGCACGAGCAAUGGAAAAAGUUGCUGCAGGUGGAUCUACACUCAGAGUACACCGAAUUUCGUCGAUUUCUGGCAGGCUCGCUGGCGGGCAUUACGUCCCAGUCGCUAACGUACCCGCUCGAUCUAGCCCGCGCCCGAAUGGCCGUAACCGAUAAAUACUCCGGAUACAAAACGCUUCGGGAGGUGUUUGUGAAGAUAUGGCAGUGUGAAGGACCUCGAACAUUGUACCGUGGCUAUUGGGCCACCAUUCUCGGUGUCAUCCCGUACGCAGGCACAUCGUUCUUUACAUACGAUACUCUCAAAAAUGAAUACUAUAAACGAACUGGUGAUAAAUCGCCAAAAACUGUGAUAUCACUCACAUUUGGAGCAAUUGCCGGGGCGAUUGGUCAAUCAUCCAGCUAUCCGCUUGAUAUUGUGAGGCGACGAAUGCAAACAACUGGUGUGACGGCACAGUGCGCCGACCAGUACCUAACCAUCGGGCGGACGUUAAUUAAAAUAUACAAAGAGGAAGGAAUUAUUGGUGGCUUCUACAAAGGUCUUAGUAUGAACUGGAUCAAAGGCCCUAUUGCUGUUGGCAUCAGCUUUGCAACGUACGACCACAUUAAACACCUGCUGCGCGAGGUAAUACACGUGCGCGGUAGUAGCGCCGAUCGGUAAUGCUGAGAACAGUGUUCAAAGAAUUGCAUUAUAGGAUAUUAUCGCUGCAUAAAAUUGGCCAUAUUUUACUACCGUUUACGGUAAAAUGUUCGGAUGACAAUCGGAGCUAAACAGUGGAGCUUUCAAAGUAUCCGAUACCUGACAGAGAUAGCUUUUAAAAAACAUAAGCACAAACAUGAUAGAUUCUAGCCGAGCUGUUUUGCUGGAUACUUACUCUUGAUGAAUAAAGGGACAUUGUCAAGCCAGCGUGUCAGAAAAUGCGCAAAAGAUUCGGUUCAAAAAUCGGUGCCCUUCAUUCAAAAUUUAGAAGCAUUGGAACAACGCUUUCAAAAUAUUUAACGCCAAGUAUGGUUAAACGCACAGAGAAGGUUUUAGUUUUUAAUCUUAGAAGAACAGAGCCUGGUAACUUGGAGCUGUCUACGCGAAUUUAUGUUUGGCUCCCUGGCUUAUUUGUACGCCAUUUCGAUGGUUCUUCAAUCAAACUGAUCGAUCGUAACGAUAGAAAAUCUUGUAGAUAAGCACGGACUAUGUUGUCACACAACACGCGUGCUACAGACAGAAUGCCCCCUUCAAAUUCCCUUCCGAAUGCCUCGUGUAGCCUACUCCAGAAACGUUGUUAAGGUUCAAACUAACGUCGCUGGUAAUUCAAAAAAAGUACCGUGGCGUCCGUGUCCGGUAACAGCCUUAUCAAUGUGCCUAAAAUACAUCAAUUUGGUGCAAAAAACGAAGCUUGUGCGGUGUGCUUCUCAGGAACGUUUCA